AUAUAUAAAAUUUAAUUUGAUUCAAUUUUAAAUUAAUUAAUAUUAAUAUGUGACUUUGGGAGAUCAGUACAAAAGAAAUUAACUUAAAAAAAAAAACAUCAAUUAACUAAUUAGAAGAAAAUUGAAUAUCAGCAUCUCAUCAUCCGUGAGGUUGUUCAAAUCAUUUUUUAUUCAAAAAGUCCCGAUUCACCCUGUGAAAGGCUCCAUAUUAGCAAGACACCCCACUCUCAGUUCCCAGAUUCAGAAGUGUUCUAAGAGAGAAGCAAGCAGAGGUGUAAUUGUCACCAUGGCUGCCCCAGUCUCAGUCCAGAAAACAGAGGAAGAAUGGCGAGUCAUUCUGUCUCCAGAACAGUUUCGGAUUCUGCGCCAGAAAGGAACCGAGCCACGAGGCACUGGAGAAUAUGACAAAUUCUUUGAGGAAGGGAUUUACAAUUGUGCUGGUUGCGGUACCCCAUUAUACAAGUCCUCAACCAAGUUCAAUUCUGGCUGUGGUUGGCCUGCUUUCUAUGAGGGUUUCCCCGGAGCCAUAAACCGCUCUCCGGAUCCUGACGGGAGAAGAACUGAGAUCACAUGUGCGGCUUGUGGUGGGCACUUGGGUCAUGUUUUCAAAGGGGAAGGAUUCCAGGUACCAACAGAUGAGCGCCACUGUGUCAACAGUGUUUCAGUCAAGUUUAUUCCCCCAAAUUCAGCUCCCUCUUCAUGAGCAAACAAAACUUAUCCUGGCAUGGGAUGUUUACCAUAUUGUUCAGAUUUUAUUAUGUCUCCCCCUUCAAUAAUUUAGCCGUGAUGCUACCAGUGUUUCUACGUUUUAGAGAGUGUCAUUGUGAAAUGCUUCAUGUUUUCACUUUUCAAGAUCAAGAAAUAUGAUUGUGCUAGAGAGCAAGAUCCAAGAACUCCAGACCAUGUUAAAACUUAAUUUCUUAUAUGGAAUAUGUAUGUAGGCUUGCAUCAAAGGUGGUUCGGAUUUUUGAGU